ACACAUUAAUCCCCCUCCAUCUCUCUCUCUCUCUCUCUCUCUCUCUCUCUCUCUCUCUCCUUUUCUUUCUCUCUCUAACACAACCAACAAUGGGGCAUCCCAAAACCCUAGCCUUCUCUCUCCACCUCAUAACCUCCCUCGUCCUCCUCGCCGCCGCCGACGACGCCACCGUCAUGUCCGCCUUCAGUGCCGGCAUCAAACCCGCGGCGCCGUUGAGCUGGUCGGACACCUCCAAGCUCUGCACCGGUUGGAAGGGCGUGAAAUGCGACAACUCCGGCCGAGUCAUCGCCAUCAACCUCGCCGAUCAGUCCCUCGGUGGUGAACUCCCCUCCGAUCUCAACUCUCUCUCUCAGCUCGUCACUCUCUCUCUCCAGGGAAACUCCUUCUCCGGCGCUCUCCCUUCCCUCGCCAACCUCUCCUCUCUCCAGGAGAUCUACCUUGACAGUAACAAUUUCACUUCCGUACCCGCCGGCUGCUUCCAAGGACUCACCAACUUGCAGAAACUCAGCAUGAGCCAGAACUUGGACCUCAAGUCAUGGAGUUUCCCGGCCGAACUCAUUGACUCGUCGAGUCUGGUCACUCUUUACGCCGGCUCUUGCAAUAUCGUCGGUCGGAUUCCGGACAUCUUCAGUUCGUUUACGAAUUUGCAGGAUUUGAGGCUUUCUUACAACAAUCUCAACGGUUCUUUGCCUCCGAGUUUCGCCGGAUCUGGAAUUCAGCAUUUAUGGCUGAACAAUCAGCAGGUAGGGCUUUCCGGUCGAGUCGAUGUUUUGUCUAACAUGACGCAGCUGUACCAGGUAUGGCUCCACAAGAACCAGUUCACCGGUCCGAUUCCGGAUUUGUCGAAUUUGGACGCGUUGUUCGAUCUUCAGCUGCGAGAUAAUCUCUUCACCGGCGUGAUUUCGAGCACAUUGAUGUCGAUUUCGAGCCUGCGAAACGUUUCUCUGGCGAACAAUAAGUUGCAGGGUCCUCAACCUUCGUUCUCGUCGUCCGUUAAGGUCGAUCUCACCGGAACGAACAGUUUCUGCAAGAACACUGCAGGGGAUUGCGAUCCGCAGGUCUCGACUUUGAUCGCGAUCGCUGGAGACUUGGGGUAUCCGAUGCUCUUAGCUGACUCGUGGAAAGGGAAUGACGCUUGCAAAGAAUGGAGCUUUUUGGUUUGCGAUUCGGACGGGAAUGUCAUUACUGUGAAUUUUCAGAAGCGGCAUUUCACGGGGACGAUUUCGCCUGCUUUCGCAAAUCUCACUUCGCUGAAGAACUUGUUGCUGAACGAUAAUGAUUUGACCGGUCCAAUACCGCAUAGCUUGACGCAAUUGCCUCAGCUUCAGGUUCUUGAUGUUUCGAACAAUAAUCUUACCGGAGACGUUCCGAAAUUCCCGUCGAGAGUGAAGCUGACUACCACGGGGAAUCUCUUGCUGGGGAAAACCCCGAGCUCCGGAAGUGGAGGGAGUCCAUCGGAUUCGGAUUCUGGCAGUGCCGCGCCUGCUGGGAGCCCUGCCGGGUCAUCUAGCGGUAACCGGAGUUCGGCUGGUAUGAUUGCUGGUAUAGUAAUUGCUGUCAUUAUCUUUGUUCUGGUUGUUUUGUUUGUGUUAUUCAAAUGUUACGUUAAGAAUAGGCACAAGAAGUUUGGAAGAGUAGAAAAUCCUGAAAAUGGCAAGGAGAUGGUAAUUAAGAGUAAUGUGAUGGGUGGGACAAAUGGGUAUAAUGGGGUCCCGAGUGAAUUGCAAAGCCAGAGCAGUGGUGACCGCAGUGAUUUCCAUAUUUUCGAGGGCGGAAACGUUACCAUCUCGAUACAAGUUCUUAGACAAGUGACAAACAAUUUCAGUGAAGAGAAUAUCUUAGGAAGAGGAGGUUUUGGAGUUGUUUACAAAGGAGAAUUACAUGAUGGGACUAAGAUUGCCGUGAAAAGGAUGGAGUCUGCCGCAGUUGGUACCAAAGGAAUGAAUGAGUUUCAGGCUGAAAUCGCAGUGCUCACUAAAGUGAGACAUAGACAUUUGGUUGCACUCUUGGGGUACUGCAUUAACGGCAAUGAGAGGCUUUUGGUGUAUGAAUACAUGCCACAAGGUACUCUGACUCAGCAUUUGUUUGAUUGGCGUGAGAAUGGGCUAUCCCCUCUUACUUGGAAGCAGAGGGUUACUAUAGCAUUGGAUGUGGCAAGGGGAGUGGAAUAUCUGCACAGCUUAGCUCAACAAAGCUUUAUCCAUAGGGAUUUGAAACCCUCAAACAUACUUCUCGGGGACGACAUGAGAGCCAAGGUUGCCGAUUUCGGUCUGGUUAAAAAUGCACCGGACGGGAAGUACUCUGUGGAGACAAGGUUGGCAGGAACAUUCGGGUACUUAGCACCUGAGUAUGCAGCUACGGGAAGAGUAACGACGAAAGUGGAUGUUUAUGCAUUUGGAGUGGUUUUGAUGGAGCUUAUCACCGGUAGAAAAGCUCUAGAUGACAGUGUGCCAGAUGAGAGGUCUCAUUUGGUGACAUGGUUCCGAAGAGUUCUAAUCAACAAGGAGAACAUCCCAAAGGCAAUGGAUCAUACUCUAAAUCCUGAUGAAGAGACCAUGGAGAGCAUUUACAAGGUGGCCGAGUUGGCUGGUCACUGUACUGCUCGUGAGCCAUAUCAGAGACCGGACAUGGGGCAUGCAGUCAACAUCUUGGGUCCACUUGUAGAACAAUGGAAACCUACCUGCCAUGAAGAGGAAGAAAACUAUGGCAUUGACCUACACAUGAGCCUCCCUCAAGCCUUACAAAGAUGGCAAGCCAAUGAAGGAACUUCGACGAUGUUAAACGACACGUUCUCCCAAACACAAUCUAGCAUUCCUUCAAAGCCGUAUGGAUUUGCAGACUCUUUUAGUUCAACGGAUUGCCGGUGACAAGAAUUGGAGAUCAAUAUACUACUGAAGUAGAAAGAAAGAGGCCAAGUUUGGUUUAAGCCUAGAAAAUGAUCGUAUGGGCUGGCAAGUGGCUGAAUUCCAUUGGAUCAGCACCCCCAAGUAUUGCCUUUUUUUUUUCUUUUUUCUUUUUUUUUUGUAUUCAUUGUUUUGUUUUGUUCUUUACACAAUGUUUCUUUUCCUAGACCUGAUGAAUCUGUAAAAAGUUUUCUGCUGUUCUUGAUUCUUUUGAGCUAAAAGAUUGAUUUUCUCAUCACUGAGGUGUGUCAAACAAGAAAGAAGAACAAAUGGCUAUAAAAGGUCAUUCUCUGAUAUUCUUUUAUUUUAUUGCUGGAAUAAAUGUACAAGCAUUACAUGUGAAUCAUUUUAUUUUUCCCU